UUAAUAUGCAAUCAUUUCAUUUUUUUUAAAACAAUUUUCAUUCAAUAUAUUAUACCAAAAUAGAAAAAAAAAAUCUCAAAAAUUUCUAGUUUCAUUUCUCUACCACCUACACCUAUAUUUAUUUCUUAUUUUUGUCAGCUGGAAUUUUGCAUUCAAGGUUGUUCGUCGUACUUCUGAAAAGCUAGGUUCAUGUCUGAUCUCGAUAUCCAAAUCCCUACCACUUUUGAUGCGUUCGCUGAUGCAAAUGCUCAGAACUCAGGUGCAGGCGCAGGCGCGAAAGAGUAUGUGCACAUCCGUGUUCAGCAGCGAAAUGGAAGGAAAAGUCUGACUACCGUUCAAGGACUGAAGAAAGAAUUCAGCUACAACAAGAUUCUGAAAGACCUCAAGAAGGAGUUUUGCUGCAAUGGUACUGUUGUUCAAGACCCAGAACUCGGCCAGGUUAUCCAACUUCAAGGCGAUCAGAGGAAGAACGUGUCAACCUUUCUCGUACAGGCUGGCAUUGUGAAGAAAGAAAACAUCAAGAUACAUGGUUUCUAAACACAACCAAAGCAAGGGGGAUUGAUGAUGCACAUUGCAACUUCAAAGCGCUACGAGCGACGACAGUUUCUGAGUUUUAACACCUUCUGUGACACACAUUUUUUCCCAUAUACAGAACCUUUAAUACAUUAGUAGCUUGUUGAUGUGCAUAUUGAUCAACAUAUAUCAUAAGUUUAUAAUCUGGUGGUUGUAUGGUAUGUUGAUUUUUCUGAAUCCCCUAUGGAGGUGGAGAAUUUUUCCAAAGUUUACCAGAUUAUAUUCUAUUUUGGAUGAACAUUAUUAUAUAUGUCAUUUUGUAUAUAGUUUACUGCUAUCAUCAAUAUUUAUUUGCUUAUUUCA